GUGAGGUGAACACACACACAUAAGCUGGUAAGGGGAUAGUUUCCAUCUUUCUUAGCAUGUGUAAUGAUGGGAAUCAACCACAGUAACACUGAUAGAUGAUACGCGAAAUUAUUGCCUUUAUCCACGUGCAUAAUUUAAUGCUUCGCUUUUCAAAUAAAAACAUCUUUAAUGCUUUAUAUGAAAACACUUUUAUCAGAUGAAUCUAAUGACAAACAAUCCAUUAGCUUUUGUCCAUGAAAAUUCUGAGUACCAUUUGAAUUAUGAGUUUUCGAUUUAAUCCAAUUGCAUUUAUAAGUCGUCGAAGUUCUAAAACUAAGACUAAAGCACGCAGUGAAUCAGCUGACCAAGCAUCUUUAAGUUAUAAUGAAGAUGAAGAUGAUGGUGAAUUUCAAAGUCCUGUAGUCAAAGCCCGUUUAAAGCGUUCAAAGAAGACUUCAAGUGAACAAGAUCCUAAAUCAUCUUCGUCUAUCAGAGCUCAAGUACUUGCUAGUUUAAGGAGAACUAGAAGUCCCAGACGAAAAUCUCGACAACAGUCAAGUAGAGCAAUAUCUGUCCCACCGAUUGAUAUACAGAAUAAUGGUGUUGGGACUACUAUCACCACGCCCACAAGUACUGCUGACAGCUAUAAAGCAGUUGGUGUGGACAGUUCAAAGUCUGAAGUACAGCAGUUACAACCAGAACAGUAUGUAUCGGAUAUGGAAAGUGACUACCACCAUAAAUUUAACCAAUCGUUCAAUCGACUGUCAAAUACAAAACAAGUAGAUCAGAAAACAGCAAUGCCAACUGCUACGGCAAUAACAACAGGUGAUGAAGAAUCGUCUACACCUGUUGGUGUUCACUCUCAGUCAAUUGAAGAUAUCCAUAUUCAGUCAAAUGACAAUUACUAUGUCGCUAAUGAUGAUGAUAAUAAUAAUGUUAUGAAACAAACGUCUUUAGAAUUUAAUGCCCAAGACAGUGUAGACUUACAUUACGAUACAGAGGAUGAAGAAAUGGCUGAAUCUGAAAAUGUAAACUAUGAGGAUUUCUAUGACGACAAGAGUGUAACAAAAUUAGCAGUUGAAUAUGAGAUAGACUAUCCUGUGAUUGAACAUAGUGAUGAUGAACUUGAAUUUACUGCUGAAACACCGAAACAGCUAUCACCAGAUGAUAGUGAAACGGAACAUGACACAGAAGAACAAGAUAGUGACAGUACCAAAAGUAUUCAAAGUUCAUUAGAUAGAUCACUGACAUCUGUACAGCAUUCAGAGGAUGAUGGGAAUAUGCAAUGGGGCACAGAUCAGGCUUACGAAGAUGAAACUGAUAAUCAACAGUAUGUAUACAGUCAAAACGAUGAUGGAUAUUAUCAGUCUUCUUAUGAUGGCAAUCAACAAAAUACCGUUAUAACUGUUGACAGUGAGCAGAAUGCACAAGAAUACAAAGACGAAGAAUUACAGGAAAAAGAAACUACUGAUGAGUAUGUAGUAGAUGUUGAUCCAAGUCAAGAUCCAUUCACUUUUGUUGAGUUAGCUGCAUCAGCAUCAAACUGGGACAGUUCUGAUGUCAACAAGAUAAACAAUUAUUUAACUACACCUUCAAUUAUUAUCACAUGUGCAUCAACUGAAAGUUUAAUGAAAAUAAAUGAUGAGCAUAAUUUAAAUCCGCCAUCUAGACCACCACCUCCGUCUUCUACACCUUCUCCUCCUUCUGGAAGCACACCGAAGCGUCCACCGCCACCCCCAUCACUACCGCCUAAAGAAGUGCCUUCUAGACCAGAUCGUCCACAAUCUACUACAACAAGUCAACCUGAUACUGGUAAAAAGAAACGUAAAAAGGAUAAACUAUUUGGUCUAGUUGAUCUCGGACCUCUACCGACAGAUCCAGAUCCAAACUUUCCAUUUCGUAGUCAUUUUGAGAAAAGUGUUUUACCAAAUCCUAAAAAAGCACUACAGCGUAUUAUCCGUGGUGAAACCAAAGCAGAACGUCGUCAAAGAAAGGAACAACAAGAGUUAAAUCGUUUAUUAAAAGGUGCAAGUGAUCGAACUGAACUACCUGUGAAAUUUGAAUCAUCUCAUUCAAAAGACUGGCAAGAAUUUCAAGAACUUACUGCUAGAAUCCAAAGUACUGUUGAAGAGUCAACAAGUAAAAUCAAAGCGUUAUCAUCAUUAUACACUGUUGAUGAUAAUUCGUCCACAGAACAGGCAGUAGCUGGUAUAAGUCCUGAAUCACAGACAACUGAGAAUUGGGCAGAUUUUGAUAAUACAAAAUCUACUGAAGACAACUGGGCAGACUUCAAUCAGUCGAUUAUCACAACAGAUAUCUGUGUUGAACUCCCUUCUACAGAAACUGACGAUAAUUGGGCUAAAUUUGAUACAGUAAAAGACGUAAAUCAAGACGAAAGUAAUAUUUCUAAUUGGGCUGAUUUUGAGAACGCAAAAACAGCUGAUCAGCUUUUUGAUUUGAUACAAACUGAACAAGAAAAUAACUGGGCUGCUUUCGAUCAGGUGGAAGCUACUUAUUUAGUUGAUCCAAAAGUAACUGAAGAUUUCAGUGAAAACUGGGCAGAUUUUGACGCACUGCGAUCCAGUGAUAAAGAUCACUCUGGUACAUCAACUGCUGACGAGAACUGGGCAAAUUUCAACUUAGUUGAAACCAAAGAUAGUUUACCUUGUACUCAGACAAGUAUUUUCAACGAGAACACAGAAUCGAAGGAUACGUAUAAUCUUUUCAAUAGCUGUGAACAGUCAGACGCUAUCUCUGAGGACGUUUCUAGACACAGCCAGGAAAAAACAUUUGAAGGCAUAGAUCAUAGUGAACACGAAGAUAGUUUUGAAGAUUUAUUUGCAACACGGAUUGUAAAGGAUCACUCUGAUCUUGUUCAAACAGACAGUGAAAAUCUUCAGGAAUUAAAGCAUAUACAAACUGAUCAGAAUCGAUUUGAGUUAGAUAACACUGACAGUUUCGACCAACAGAUAGACAUCACUCAGUCAAACUCUCCACAAAAUAACUCUUAUUCAAGAGCGAUUGGAGACGUGUCUGACAGUUAUAAUUUCAAGGAGACUGAAGAUCUUUUUGCUACUGAACAACUAGAAGUUGGCAUCAUUUCAGGCAGUAAUCAUUACUCAGUCGCUGUGGAUAACUUACUUAGUUUCAGAGAUCUAAACCAGUUGGAAUCUAGUGAUAAUUAUUUUGUAGUUGAUCGUUCAGGAACUACUGAGAACCUCUUCGGUUGUGAUUAUCCCUCACCCUCAUCUGAUAACUAUAUUGAACACAUUAUUAAUUCAAGUCAUACACAGCAUACUAACAUUCAGGAUACUGAGAGUAAUUUCCAACCCAUUAAUAAUUCACAAAAUCUCGUAGAACAGGAUUCUUCUCAGUCAAACAGUCCCUUACCAACAAAUUUCAGGCAGCUUAAUAGCGAAGAAGAAUAUACUACUUAUAAAAAUUUCAGUAGUCAAAAUACUUCAACGUUAAAUUUUACAAGUAUGGAGUUUGAUAAAGUGAACGAAUCAGAUGACAUAGCUGAUGGUAAAGUAAUUCUGUCUAAUCCUCUAGUGGAGACGACAAUGAAUGACAACACUAUUGACCCUGAUAUGCAUGUGCAGUAUGAACAGAAUGAUGAUCUCGAUGUAAAUAUUACAGGUCAUUCAAGUUCAGAGACAUCCUCCUAUGAUGGUCAGGUGCAUACAGAUGUCGGCGAAAACGAAGAGGAAUUAAAAGAAGAAACAGGAAUUCAUCUUAGUGGAAUUGAUUUCGCUACUACUGUCACUGCCUCUGGUGGCUAUGACUAUGAUAAUGAUGUUUCAGACACUGGAGAUUAUGAUCAUACAGUACACCCCACUGAAAAACAAAAACAACAAGACACAGAAGAAAGCAACCCAUUUAGCGAUGAUGCCUUUCAAGACUUCUCAACGGUGACGUCCACAACAGCUGAUAGUAAUAAGCCUUAUCUAAAUGAACGUAAAAUAAGUAUAGAUGAUUUAAAAACUAUCGCUAGACCACGUGUUAAACCAGUUAGACAGGAAACUUUGUCAGGUAAUAAUCCAUUUCGUAAACGUUCAGGUGUUGAUGAAACAAAUGUAAUGAGUACUGUUAUUACUGUUACCGAUGAUACAGAUAUACCUACAGAUGAACUUACACGUGUGGCGGCUGGAAUAAAGUUGAUUAGUCCACAGAAUAAAAUCAGUAAAAUGAAAGAUAGUUUCGAUAGUAAUAAUAGCGUAGAGGAUGAGGUGGCAAGAGAUAUACUACAAAAUGUUGAAGUUCUUCAAACUAUUGAAAAUAUAAAUGUGGAUCCAGACGGUUUCGACCCCUUGCAAACUAUUUAUCCAGAUAGUGAAAAUGAAAAUGAAAAUUCAUCUGAUUCUAAUGAAUCUAAAACUCUACAUGUAAAAAUUAAUCAGAAAGAUAAGCAGACUACUAAUAAAUCAACAGUAGUAGAAGGAGAGGAAGAAAAUAAAGCAACAUUCACUAUACAACCACCACCACAACAAGUAAAAGCGACAAAUGCCCUUGAUUUAGACAUUGAUACUAGUGGAAAAGAUAACCAAAUGACAGCGAUGAAUGGAGAAGACAAUGAAGUCCAUGCUACUGAAGAACUAAAAGAGUCUCCUCCUACACCACCUGGAUGGGUUGACUUCGUUGACGAUGAUAAUGCUGAUCACAACGAUUCUUCUAAUGUCGAGGCUUUCAAACUUGAUAAAGAUGAUAUUGAUAAAGCAUUUGAAGUCCAGUGGCCACCAGAAGGGGAAGGUAAAGAAAAGGGUAAGGCAGAACCAUCAUACCCAGAACCUCCAAGACCAGAAACCCCAGAUCCUGAAUUAGACAUACCAUUUCAUCCAUUCGUUAAUACAGAAGAUACUUGGCGUUUGUGGUUAAGAUACCCAGAGAAGAAAACACGUGUUAAACAAAUCAAUGAAAAUACAAAUGAAAUAUUGCCAGAACCUUAUAGAUCAGUUCGUAUUGAACCAUACAUGCAGUUGUCAAGAGAGAAAUUACAACAAUACGACAAGUAUGGUAAAUUACACGUCUUCAAACUUAACCAUGUAUCGUACAAGGAGUUAGUUGGUAUGAGGCCGGAGAAGUUUUCUAUUAAAAAUUUACAAAAUCUGGUUAGCCAUAAACCGAAGCAAAAUAUUACUCUCGAUCACAUACCCAUAUAUACAGAGAUAUUAAAAUUUGGUUCACUAGAUCAGUCAAGAAUUCGUAGGCUGAUGCCAGUAUUCGAAGACGCCUUAAUGAAAAUACCAUCACAUAAAGACACGUCUUUAAAUUACAGUCGUGAAGAGGUUUGUUGUUACGUCGUAGACGAAUAUGAAGGUAAAUUAAACGUUAACGGGACAAUAGUUGAACAGAAGGCCCGUACUCGAGUAUUUUGUACAGCAUUUGUCAAUGGGGGACCACAUAUUGUACUUGGAUUAAAUGAUAAAUGGCGUUUUGGUCGAGAAGUCGUGCGACGUUGUGAUAUCCUACCAGUAAUGCAUGAUGAUUGGAUAAGUAUACGUAAUCCUGAAUUCCAUUCUUGUGUACAAAUGGAAGAAUAUGAAAAAGAUCAUAUGUUACAGUUCUUUCCAUUAGACGGUUGUCGUUUUGAACUGUUACGAUUUCGUGUUAGUCUACGUGGAAAUAGAGAAUUACCAAUGCAAGUGAAAGUUACCUAUACAAUUGAUGGACGUAGAGUUUCAAUGCGUUGUGAUUUAUUAGUUCCAGGUUAUUUCAGUGCUAGUAAACGAUCUGGUGCUGUACCAUGUGAAAAAGUUGAAAUACACAUACCAUUUCCAGAGGAAUGGAUAUAUCAUUUUCGUGUUGAAAAACACCACAAAUAUGGAUCUGUACAUUCUACAUUACGUAAACCGGGUAAAAUUAAAGGUCUUGAAAGAAUUACACAAAUGGCUCAAAGUCUCCUACCGCCUAGUAUGCUGGAGGCAAGUAUCGGUGUUGCAAAAUAUGAGCAUCUAUAUAAAGCCAUAGUUUGGCGUAUACCAAGAGUACCUGAAAAGUCUGAAGCAUCAUUUCGUCCCCAUUUAUUAACCUGUAAUUUGGUAUUGGCUGCUCAUGAUACAGUACCUGAGUGGGAAACGUUAAUUCCACAUUGUCAAGUUGAAUAUACUAUGCCAUCAAGUACAGUGUCCGGUGCCACAGUACGUUCAAUCAGUGUAGAGCAUACAGGAAAUGUAGAGAAAUUUGUCAAAUAUCUAACAAAAUAUAAAUAUACAGUGGAUAUUGAUUAUCAGUUGGGUAGUCGAAAAGAACCUGUUAUAAAAUCUCUUCUAGACGAUGAUACACCAGUUGAAUAUGAAAAAUCUAGUGAACAAAGACAAGCAAAUCGUCACUAUGAAGAAAUUAGCCUUGAUAACAGCAACAACAACAACAACAAUGGUGGUGAUGACGUCGUAGAUGAUACUCAGACAUCACUUAAAUCUAAUGAAACAGAGGCUAAUCAAACAGGUCCCACAGAAUUCGGUGAUCUUUUAGGCCUGGGAACAGAUUUUGGUGCAACACCCGAACAAAAACCAUAG